AUGCUGGGUGCCCUUGUUGCGGAUCAGUAUGUGGGACGUUACUGGACGAUUCUUAUUUUCUCCUUCAUUUACAUGGCAGGCUGGGUUAUCCUUACAGCCACUGCCUCCCCGGCUGCUCUUGACAACGGCGCUGGUUUUCCCGGUUACGUUGUUGCUCUGAUUGUCAUUGGCUUUGGUACAGGAGGUAUCAAGGGUAUUGUCGCUCCUCUCUGUGCAGAUCAAUAUCGACGAACCGAUAAUUACAUCAAGGAAACCAAAUCCGGUGAACUUGUCAUGAUGGAUUAUGAUCUCAGUAUCCAACGUCUUUACAACUGGUUUUAUUGGGCUAUCAACGUGGGUUCUGUGAUCGGAGGCAUUAUUUGCCCUUUGCUGGAACUCAAUGUAGGUUUUUGGGCAGCGUUUUUACUUCCGACGUGUAUGUUUGCUCUGUCUAUCGGUGUUUUCGUCGCUGGUAGUCGCUUUUAUUACAAGCCUGGACCGACCGAGUCCGUCGUGCUCAAAGCUUGGAAAAUUGUACGAUUUGCGCACCGUCAAGCCAAGUUGCCGGAAAACAAGGAGGCCAAAAAAGCGUGCAAAGAUACCUUGGAUUUCGCCAAGCGCGACUCUCAAUUACCAAACGUAGCCGAAUGGACCUCGGAAGCUUGCGAAGAAGCCACCAAGUGGGACGAUCAAUUUAUCGACGAAUUGAAGCAAGCCAUCAUGGCCUGCAAAAUUUUCGUGCCUAUCUCCAUUUACUGGGUUUGCUACAAUCAAUUGAGCAAUAACUUGCUGUCGCAAGCGUCGCAAAUGAGUCGUCCGGCCGGUCUUCCCAACGAUAUCAUGAACAACUUUGACCCUAUUGCUCUUAUCAUCUUUAUUCCCAUCUGUGAUGUCCUUCUGUACCCCGCAUUGCGCAAACUGAAGAUCAACUUCUUCCCCCAGCAAAGAAUUACAGCUGGAUUCAUGCUCGGUGCAGCUUCGAUGGUGUACGCAGCUAUUGUCCAGCAUUACAUCUACAUUGACCAACAGUAUCUGGAAACGGGCAAAUCCAGCGUCUCCGUGUUUUUGCAGAUUCCUUGCUACGUAUUAAUCGCUUUCUCUGAGAUCUUUGCAUCCAUUACUGCCAUGGAAUACGCCUACACCCACGCGCCGAAAUCCAUGAAAUCUCUAGUGUCCGCCGUUUCCUUAUGGCCCAACUGUGUUGCGGCUCUCAUCUCCCUUGCCAUCUCGCCUGCUGCGCAUGAUCCGAACAUGGUCUGGGUUUAUACCGGUGUGGCUGUCGGUGGAUUUGUUUGCGGCUGCCUCUACUACGCCAUCUUCCGUCACUAUGACACCAUGGAUGAAGAAUUCCGUCUCAAGAAGCUGGCCGAACAAAAUCUGACCUAUCCUGUCAACGAAAACGUCUCGACUGGUGCCAGCGAAGCUGAAAAGUCAGGAUACUAA